AUGGUAACACACGAGGUCAAUGAGCAAUACUGUAGGUGUGUAUCAUCCUUAAGUUCGAACACCCUCUACCAGGUACAACAUGAAGCUAGCUGCUGGACCCUCAUAGUUACGUCACCACCACAGCAUCCUGUUAUAAGACACAUCAAACUUGACACAUGUACUCUAAAUGGCGCCACGGACGUGACCCAGGUCGCUAUGACGUCAUCACAGAACCAUGAAACGAACUUCGCACUAUGUACUCUAAAUGGCGCCACGAACGUGACCCAGGUCGCUAUGACGUCAUCACAGAACCCGAACCAUGAAUCAAACUUUGCACUAUGUACUCUAAAUGACUCCACGGACGUGACCCAGGUCGCUAUGACGUCAUCACAAAACCCGGAACGACUCAAAACUCCCGCUAUGACGUCAUGA